CCUCAGCACUAAUGGUAACUUGGUUGCAGUAGAGGAGAUAAUUUCUUUGUAGUGGCCAACAAACACGACUUUUAAGUAAGUAUUUCCGAAACCAGGGAGCCGUUUAUUGAUUAACCACGACCGCGAGACAACCCGCACGUGCGUUAUUAUACCAACUUAACAUGUAGUGGAUUUUUUUUAGAGCAAAUUGCGCCGUGGAAAGGUAAACCUGCCGCCUGCUAGCUGUACACUCAAACUCUCCAAGAUGUUGCUUUGUGGAUGGGAUGGCGUCUGGUCUCGUUUGUCUGCGCACUGGUAGCCCGGUCGGAGCACGAACAUUUCCACUUCAAGCCCGUUUGUAACCGUACUUGCCCGGGAAGAUGCAUGUGUCUCUGGCAGAAGCCCUGGAGGUUCGGGGAGGUCCACUCCAGGAGGAGGAGGUCUGGGCAGUGCUCAGCCAGAGUGCCGAGAGCCUCCAAGAACUCUUUCACAAAGACCCUGCAGCCAUGGGCUUCAUCAUAUCUCCCUGGUCCCUCCUGCUCAUGCCCUCUGGCAACAUCUCCUUCACAGACGAGAAUGUCACCCAGCAGGACUUAAGAGCCUUCACAGCUCCAGAGGUCCUGGAGGGGAUCACCUUGGCUUCGAUCUCUGACAUAGAGAAGAUGCACAUGUACUCCUUGGGGAUGACCUUGUUCUGGGGAGCAGACUAUGAGAUCCCUCAAAGCCAGCCUAUGAAGCUGGGGGAGCACCUGAACAGCCUGCUUCUCAACAUGUGUGAUGAUGUCACAUUGAGUCGAAUGUCGGUGCGCACCGUGCUGGAUAUCUGCAGCAAACACAUCAGAAACUCCAGCUGUGACCCCCCCUUCUCUUAUAUCAGAAAACUGGUCCGUUUGGUACUCGGCAGCCUUUCACAGCUGGAUGGUCUGCUCACAGAUAGAGAGUCUCUUCCAGAGCGGAGUAAGGAGAUUCGAGAGAGGCUGCGGGGCAAAGGCCUUCCCUCAGGGAGGAGUGCGGCCCCCAGAGUUCUGGAGCGCUACCGGGCCCGGACGCAGGAGCAGGCAUCUCUAAACCGGGGCCUAAGCCGCUCCAUGGGCUCUCUGCCUAUCCAGGACCUCAUAAAGGGGGACGAGGGGGCAGCGCUGCAUUACCCUGUGUCUGACUACCAUCCCAGCUCUGAAUCAACCACAGACCUCUACCCCAAACCCCAUACGCUCCAGCACCAGCUCUCCCAUCCCCAUCUUCACCCAUUUCACCCCCAGCAGAGGGGCCGGCCUGUCGAACUAGAUCAGAGAUCUUUACCAUACAACAGUGGAGACAUGGGCCCAGCACAAGCCAGGAAGACUUGGGCAUCUUCUGUGGACUUAGCCUGUAUUGACCCGGACGCACUUCGCUUUGGGGCCUUGGAGGAUGCACGAAGGGGCAGCAGUGCCUUGAGUACCCACUCCAUUGGCAGGCACAAAUCACCCUUGCGGGCAUCCAGGGAUUCUCACUACUCUGAGUUUGGUGGGCUGAAGAGCAGGAAACCCCAUCACCACUCAGCUGUGUCUGUAGGCUCAGCCCUCACCAGUGCCUAUGACAGGAUCAAGGAGAGACAGAGGAAGCUUCAGGUGCUAAGGCAGGCAAUAGAUGAUCCUCUCCACACCCACCAGAGGUACCACAGCGAUUAUAGUUCGUCCAGCGAGAGCCCGUCAGUGACCUCCUCGGAUCCAGACUGCAGACUAGCUAAAAAAACAGAGGAAGUGAGGAGAUAUGGCUCCCAAAUGGCACUUUCUUCUGAACAUGAUGCCCUGUCGCUGACCAGCCAUAACGCACUUAGGCACAGACGGUAUGAAGGGGCAGCUGAUGAAGGUCUAGCAGGAGCCGAGCUGCUCCUACAGAAGCAGGAGGAGGAGGUCCAGCGGCUCCAAACCCACCUGGCCAACAGGCUGUCCAGAGCCAACCUCUACCACACAGAUGACCCCCUGCCACAAUCACGCACUUCCAUGCUGGACCUCCGAGACCCCCUGAACCCUUCAGCGCUGCCACACCCACAUCGCAAACCCAAGAACUUCUAUGGACCUGAGUUUGUGAAGAUGGCCAGCGAACCCUGUGUUCCCAUAGCUGUUCCCUCUUCAAUAAUGAACAAGCGUGGUAAGGUGGAGGAGGUGCAGAAGAAGGUGGGCGUGGUGCUGCUGAACGGUCAGAAGCUGGAGCUGAGCUGUGACGUCAAGGCUGUGUGUAAAGACGUUCUGGACAUGGUGGUUGCCCAUGUUGGGCUGGUGGAGCACCAUCUAUUUGGCCUGGCGUACCUCAAAGAUAAUGAGUUUUUCUUUGUCGAUCCUGAUGUGAAACUGUCCAAAGUGGCACCAGAGGGGUGGAAGGAGGACGCCAAGAAGAAGAAAGCGGAUGUGCCCUUUAACCUGUUCUUACGCAUCAAAUUCUUCCUUGAUGAUGUGACCCUCAUACAGCACGCCAUGACCAAACAUCAGUACUACCUACAGCUGAGGAAGGAUAUCUUGGAGGAGAGGAUGCGCUGUGACACAGAGACUGCCAUGCUCCUGGCCUCCCUGGCUCUGCAGGCUGAAUUCAGCGACUAUCAAGCUGAGCUCCAUGGGAAGACCUACUUCAGACUGGAGUACUACCUGCCAGUGUCUGUCCUGGACAAGCUGGAUCAGACGACCAUCAAGGAGGAGCUGCCAAAACUCCACAGCAACUAUUAUGGAGCCUUGGAGUCGGAGGCCGAGUUUGAGUUCCUCAAGGUGAGCCAGAGGCUGCCAGAGUACGGUGUCCACUUCCACCGGGUGCUCCCUGAGAAGAGGUCCCAGACAGGCAUCAUGCUGGGUGUCUACUCCAAGGGGGUGCUCAUUUUUGAGGUCCUUAAUGGAAAUCGGACACCAGUACUAAGGUUCCCCUGGAGGGAGACAAAGAAGAUUUCCUUUGCAAAAAAAAAGAUUUGCCUGCAGAACACAUCGGAUGAGAUUAAGCACCUGUUCCAGACGGACAGUAACAAGACGUGUCAGUACCUGCUGCAGCUCUGCUCUGAUCAGCACAAGUUCCAUCUGCAAAUGAAAGCCCGCCAGAACAACCAGGAGCUCCAGGACCUAGAAAACUGCCCCCUGAGCAGCCUGCAGUAUUCCCUAGAUCCUCGGAGCGGAGAUGCGAUGGGGAGGACAGUGAGCUCAGUCAGUCUGGCCCCCAGCUUGUCGACUCAGUCCAACCCAGACCACCUGAAGAGGAUCUCCUAUUCGGAGGUGGCCCUCAACAAGGCACCGUCUGGUCGGCUGCUGUCCCAGGAAGAGCUUCGCUUUCCAGGUUUCAAUCCAGGGCCAACGAUUCACUCCAAUCCCCGGGUGAUGAGCCGCUCCCACCACAACCUCGGCCAGAUGCCAGAGUCUCCAGAGCGCCGAGUGCCAGUGUCAGCGGGGGGUUCAUAUAGUGGCCAGUCACACAGUGGACUGAGCCAGGCCCAGCCCAACCAACUGGCUUCUCACUAUCAGCAACACCACCGAGCCAGCUCUGACACAGACUCCAUCUCAAACUCCAUCUCACACCAACAAGACAAAGUGUUUGGCACAGUGACCCACAACAGCCCAGCCUGGAGCCUCAACAGGUUCAAGAAGGAGUCAGACUCUUCCUCUGUAGAGGAUGCUGGCCAAGCAUAUGUAGUAGGGGUCAGCAUGCACAGCUCCUCUGGCUUUCCCUCAUCUCCAGCCUCUUCAACGGUUAAUGACUCACUUAAGAAAAAGGUCAGUGCCUUACCAUCACCAGAGAGAGAAAUCACAACUGUAAACCUGAAAAAGGAUGUUAAAUAUGGCCUUGGGUUCCAGAUUGUUGGAGGGGAGAACUCCGGUCGCAUGGGCCUUGGCACCAUCAUCAGCUCUAUCACCCCUGGUGGGCCCGCUGAUGUCAACGGCUGCCUCAAACCUGGUGACCGCCUGAUCUCGGUGAAUGAUGUGAACCUGGAAGGGCUCCCUCAUGCCACCACAGUGGAAGUUCUCCAGAAUGCACCUGACGACGUUACAUUGGUGGUGUCCCAACCCAAAGAGAGGCUCUACAAAGAAUCUCCAUUGGGCUAUGUUCCUUACCAGGCCAAGCCUUCAGUAAAGGCGCUCACCUCUGGCCAGAGACACGACCUAGACUUUGAGUCUUCCUCAGAGGAGCAGGUUGGAACAGGAAGCCCCGGCCUCCUUCACCAUAGUGCCACCUCACCUUCCUCUUCCUCCCCGCUCCACCAUCAUACCAGCCUUAGCUCUCAGGACUCCAGGACAAGCAGUGCUGCCAAAAACACUCAACCGCCUGCUAAUGGAAUUCACCAGAACCCGGAUGGAGCUGCUGCUGUUACUGCAGCUGUUGCUGCACCUGUACCUCACCAUCACAAACCAGAACCUAAUGCAGGUUUGGAUGCUGCUCCACCAGCUCUGCCACCCAAAACUAGGAAAGCUAAAGUCUUAGAAGUUCCUAAAGUUUCAGAACAUUCGGACUUUGGGGAUUCAGACAUGGAUGAAGAGACCUACUCCAGUAGUCAAGAGAAACUCAAGCUCAAAAAGGAAUGCAUCAUGGAAAAUUUAAGUGGUAAUGCCCCAGGGGUCAAUAGUCUCCGUCCGGGAGAACUAUAUGACAUUGAGCUGUCCAAAAAAGACAGCAGCCUGGGCAUAAGUGUCACGGUACUGUUCGGCAAGGGUGGAGUCAACACUAGUGUCAGACAUGGAGGCAUCUAUGUUAAAGCCAUCAUACCGAAAGGAGCUGCUGAGUUGGAUGGAAGGAUACAGAAAGGAGAUCGCGUGGUGGCAGUCAAUGGAAAGAGUCUGGAGGGGGCCACUCAUAAACAAGCAGUAGAGACACUCAGAGAUACUGGACAGACGGUGCACUUGUUGCUGGAGAAGGGUCAUCCGCCUGCAGACAGUGUUCAUGCUCCAGUUACACCUCAGUGCACCCCGCCGUGUGCUGCAAGUGACCAAAAGCAGACCAAAAACAAAGAGAAGCCCCUGGAGUUCAAAGCCAAACCAGAGUACAGCUUCAUUACACAAGAUAACGUAUUUGAAGUGUGCCUGCUAAAGAACACGUCAGGGCUCGGCUUCAGUUUUAGUCGAGAAGAGAACAUUCCUGAUGAACCUCCUGGCUCCAGCAUGGUGCGAGUUAAAAAGCUUUUCCCUGGCCAACCAGCUGCAGAGAGCGGCCGCAUCAGUGUGGGCGACGUCAUUCUCCGAGUCAAUCAAACAUCCCUCAAAGGACUCUCGCAACAUGAGGUGAUAUCAGCUUUGCGAGGAACAGGCCAGGAGGUGACUUUGCUCCUUUGUAGACCUGAGCAUGGUGUGCUUCCUGAGUUGGACACUUCAGCUUUGACACCUAUGCCAUCACCCCGUAAGGAGCCAGUGACCCAGACAGAGCCCAGCGUGAUCUUGGCGAGGACAACCUCUCCCUCAGGCAGUGAAGGGAAGAGGGGUCGCGGCCCUGUGGAGGAGGCACUGGAGCGGCUGUUGCACAAAACCCCUGGCCGCCAGAACAGCUACAGUGACAGCACCGAUGGGGAUGAGGAGGUGGAAGAAGCCUUCAGCCCUAGUGCCCUGGAGCACAGCAGACAAACCUGGGAGCAGAGUAUCUACCAGACCCCUAGUAGCAACCUAGGCCUGGGGCGCUACGACAGCUCCAGUCAGCUGGAUGACUCCAUUCACUCAGCUUUUUACUCACCGAACCUAUCCCUAACCAGAUCUGAUCUCAGCAAGGGGUGUCCUUCAUCCCUCCUGACAUCUGAGCUGUCUGCCUCCCAGCCUACAGUCUCCUCCAUCAGUGCUCCAAGCCCAGAUCCCCUGCCUCCUCCACUGCCUUUGCCCUUAAACCUCACCAUGUCUGGCAAUGGACAGGACCUGGAUGAAUUUGUUCCAGAUGUAGAGUUAAAGGUGUCUUUGGUGAAGUCAGAUAAAGGCAGCCUGGGCUUCACCCUGACCAAAGGAAAUGAUCAGGGCUGUUACAUCCAUGACAUCAUCCAGGACCCAGCCAAAGGAGAUGGCAGGCUCCGUCCCGGUGACCGAAUGAUCAUGGUGAACAACACAGAUGUGUCUAAUAUGGGCCACACUGAGGUGGUGAAUUUAGUGCGUGCUGCCCCCAGGGUGGUUGACUUGGUUGUAGGGAGGGUCCUGGAGGCUCCCAAGCCCCCAGUAGAAGCCCACUUACUGCCAGAUAUCUGCUUCAAGGGCCACCAAAAACCACUGGGUCUGGUAUUGGAUGGUGGCAGUGACAGUGUGUAUGGGGUGUUAUUUGUGAAAGACAUCCAACCUGGUUCAAUGGCCUCUGAGGAGGGCAGCCUGAGACCUCUUGACCUGAUCCACUACAUCAGUGGGGCUCCCACCAUGGAGCUGACUCUCAGCGAGAGCACGCGACUGUUGGAGCUUUCCCUCGAAGACCUAACUCUCAAGGCAACAAGGGAUGGAAAGCCUGUUACCCCUGGACAUAAAAGUGUCUCCUUUCUCAACAAUAACAUCAGUCCAAAGAUGUCAUCCAGCAUGAAUGGCUAUCUUGAAGGUGGUGAUCAAAGAGAUACAGAGUGUCUGUCAGCACUUUGUCCUUUAGAGGAGGAGAUCAUUAUGCUGGAAUUGGAAAAGCCUCCGUCUGGCGGUCUGGGUUUCUCAGUUAUUGGAGGGGAGAGAGGGAUCUUUGUCAAGUCAAUCACACCAGGGGGGGUAGCAGACUCCUCAGGGAGGCUGCAAGUCGGAGACAGGCUCCUCAAAGUCAACGAAGAACUAAUGACAGGUGUAUCCCACACCAAAGCUGUCACCACCAUCCGUAAAGCCAAAGGACUAGUGCAUCUUACAGUGUCCAGACCACCAGAUCAGACCCCGAACACAUACCUGGCCUAUCUACCCAUCAACUCUGACAAAUGCAAUGGCAACACAGAUAUGAGUGAGGACAGUGGAGUAAAGACGAAGCUGUGUACUCCCCAUGACGAGCUGAAGUCUUCCAGCACCCCAACCAUACCACCAAUAGAUUAUGAUGUGGGCUCCAUGGAGCAGAGGAGAGAGACUGAGCAGAGCACGGAGCUGUCAGAGGACACAGACUGUGAUGGCUCUUCUCUGCCCGAGGACUCCCCUGAGAGUUCCCGAAAAGUGGAAUGGAAAGAAGAGAGCGUGGAUGAUCCAAUGAAUGAAAACUAUCUGCAGAUGAGUGCUGGACGGCCGGAGGAAGAUGAAAUCACAUGGGGUAGUGACGAGCUGCCCAUCGAGAACAUGAACUCCAAAUUAAGAGAGGAUGGGCCUAUCAUCACAGAGGAUGAGCUGACCUCCCUGCCGUUGGUCAAGGUCGUCCCUGACGGCCAGUUCACAGGAUCCAAGCUCAACACGGUGGUCCGCAUGAUGAGGGGACUAUUAGAGCAGAAGGUCCCUCUGCAGGAGUUUGAGAAUCUUCAAAAUCUCCAGCCACUGGAUGACUGUUUAAUAGGUCAGACAAAGGAGAACAAAAAGAAGAAUCGCUACAAGAACAUUGUUCCCUUCGACACAACUCGAGUUGUUCUUGGCAAAGAUGGGGGAUAUAUCAACGCCAACUUCAUCAAGAUGCCGGUGAAGGACGAGGACUUCUUGUACAUUGCCUGCCAGGGACCCCUGCCCACCACUCUGGGUGACUUUUGGCAGAUGGUGUGGGAGCAGAAGUCUAACGUGAUUGCUAUGAUGACCCAGGAAGUGGAAGGGGGGAAAGUGAAAUGUCAGCGGUAUUGGCCAGACACACCGAGGACAGCAGAGAUGGUGGAUGACAGGUUACAGAUCACACUGGUCAAAGACCAAUACCUGGACAACUUUGUUAUCCGAAUCAUUGAGGUCAAAGAUGUCCAGACCAAUGAAACCCAGCAAGUAACUCAUCUGAACUACACGGGAUGGCCUGACCAUGGAACACCCUCUCAGCCAGAGCAGCUGCUCACGUUCAUCUCCUACAUGAGGCACGUUCACCAGUCAGGGCCCAUAAUCACACACUGCAGUGCAGGCAUUGGGCGGUCAGGAACCCUCAUUUGUAUAGAUGUGGUUCUGGGUCUCAUCAGUAAAGACGCUGAUUUUGAUAUUUCAGAUGUCGUAAGGAACAUGAGGCUUCAAAGACAGGGAAUGGUCCAAACAGAGGAGCAAUAUAUUUUCUGCUAUCAAGUGAUCCUGUAUGUCCUCAGAUGUCUUCAAGCGGAAGAAAAAAUCUCAGGAUAGUAGAAUCCACAUUUCCCCAUCAUGUAUGGGCUGGUGCCUGUUUCAUGAGAGCAAAACAAAAACGGAGGACAGUCGACAGAGACAGAUGUUGCCAAAUUACAGUACAAGUUCUUACAACGACUUAUAACAUGCCGUAUCAUGAGCGCAAAACUUUUAAAGAAGUCUAUAUUUUUAUGUUUGCUUUUCGGAGUUCUCUCUUCUUUGGCUGCUACUCCCUCUCAAUGCAUUCAUGAGAACUGUUGAUUGUAUGUCUUAUUGUCACCUACACGAGAACACUAAUGUUUUUUUGUUUUUUUUUCUCCAGAUUCUUGGAUAUUCUAAAUAAUUAUGAAAGUGAUAAAUGAAUUCCUAUUUUAUGUCAAAUACAACUGUACUUGUGUAUUUUGAAUCUUAUUUCGAUGCUGGAACUUGCCUUGACAGAAUACUAUGACAGUAUUUGCUUUGUAAAUCUAUUAUACAGUAAUUGCCGACUGCCUGAGGUAACUGAAAUUAAAAGUGUACAUAUUCAUCUCCUGAAAAUUAAACUGGAUAUGUUUUAAAUGUUA